UUUUCCCUCUUCUUUACUCUUCACAACCAAACCAAAACCUAUUGGGACUCUUUCUUUUGUCCAUCCAAAGACUUGAGGCUUUUCUCCCCACUCAUGCAAAUUUCCUUUGUCUGCUGCGACUUUCUUUUCUUCUUUUUAUAUCCUUUUGCCUCCAAAUCCUUUUCUCAUCAAAAUAUAAUCCUUUUAUUUUAUUGCAUUGUUUUUAAUAGUUUAUUUUCCACAAAAUUUUUCUUUAUUUUGCCGAUAUAUUUUUCUUUUUGAAUAAUAUUUUUCCUCCUACACUUCUUUUUUUCAU